AUGAGCAGCUUGGUUUAUUUGCACCCUUCUCUUGCGACCGAUUAUAAGAAAACGUUUAAAGAGUUUCAUGAUUUUACUUUGAGUUGUGGUUCGCCUAUGGGAACAAUUUUAGUUAGUAGUCGUACUAUUUGUCACAAGUGUGAGAGGCCUUUAAGUGUUGAGCAAAAAAAAAACAUGGUUGUAUUUUAUCACAUCAAUCUCGGGAGUUAUGUCAGUUGUCGGCUUACAAAAGUGUGCAGAAAGUGCAAGAUCUAUGAGCAUUAUGGUUACUGGACUGAGAAAGGAUCUAGAUAUUUUGAUAAGGAUUCGUUGGAAUUAAAAUUUCUGCUAUCCUCAGAGGACACAGCAUUUGAUAUUUGUCUCUUGCGUGAGUGUUCAAGUUUGUUGAUGGUUGGUGCUGUGCCUUUUUCCACGUACACAGCUUCCUAUAAUAGACGAUUUGGGUAUCAUAAAGGGAAAGUAAUAGUGGAUAAAUCAAAACCCAAACGGAUGAAAAGGUAA